GCAAAAGGGCUUUGCCCCUCCUCACGUCUAUAUAUAUAUAUAUAUCAAGUUGUACCAUUUUUUCACUUAGGACACACAUAACCAGUUUUUCAGCUACUUGAAAGUGAUUCUUCCUCCCCUUUUUUUUCCUCCUCUCAUUCCCUCCUCUCUCUAAUUCCUUGUCCAUCUGUGUUAUCUCUUUUAUUCUUAUUUUUGUUUCUUUCCUACCUAAUUAAUAUCUUACAAUAAUUAAUCAGAAAAAAAAAAAAGAAAAAAAAUGGAGGGACAAUUAGGAUGUUUAGGAAAUUUUAUCCAAAGGUCGAAGCCAUAUAUAGCAAUGAUAUGUCUGCAAUUCGGGUACGCAGGCAUGAACAUAGUAACAAAGGUUUCCCUCAACAGAGGAAUGAGCCACUAUGUGCUUGUGGUCUAUAGGCAUGCCUUUGCCACAGCAGCUAUCGCUCCCUUCGCUCUUGUUCUUGAGAGGAAAGAAAGGCCAAAGAUUACAUUCCCCAUUUUCAUGCAUAUUUUUGUCCUCGGUCUUCUCGGACCGGUGAUUGAUCAAAACUUUUACUAUGCCGGGUUAAAGUUCACAUCGCCCACCUUCUCAUGUGCCAUGAGCAACAUGCUCCCUGCAAUGACAUUCGUCAUGGCGGUCCUAUGCAGGAUGGAGAAAGUGGAGAUAAAGAAAGUAAGAUGCCAAGCAAAGGUGUUGGGAACGAUUGUGACGGUUGGAGGAGCAAUGUUGAUGACACUAUACAAGGGACAUGUGAUUAAGUUUGCGUGGUCUGAGCAUCAUACGGGGAGGGUCGGCCAUUCGACUAGUACUAGUAAUGCCGCAGCAGCAGCGGAUGACAAGGACUGGGUGAAGGGGUCCAUUCUGCUAAUAAUGGCGACGCUUGCGUGGGCAUCUUUCUUUAUAUUGCAGGCAGUGGCAUUGAAAAGAUAUUCAGCUCAGCUCUCUCUCACUGCACUUGUAUGCUUCAUGGGCGCUCUCCAAUCCACUGCUGUCACCUUCGUUAUGGAGCACUCUCCCUCUGCUUGGACCAUCGGCUGGGAUAUGAAUCUCCUUGCUGCUGCCUAUGGUGGAUUAAUCUCAUCAAGCAUGGCAUAUUAUGUUCAAGGGCUUGUCAUGCAGAAAAGAGGGCCUGUUUUUGUCACUGCUUUCAGCCCCCUUAUGAUGAUCAUUGUGGCUGUCAUGGGCUCUUUCAUCCUUGCCGAAAAUAUUUAUAUGGGAGGUGUUCUUGGAGCUGCACUGAUAGUUGCGGGACUCUACUCCGUUCUUUGGGGAGAAUACAAAGAGUACAAAGAGCUGCAGGAAGCCGAUCUCUAUAUUCCCCAAGCCAUAAAGGGUACUGGAGACGCUAAUAUUACUACUAGUAAUGUCAAUGACUUCGAAGCUGCUAAAGAUACCAGUCAUAAACAAGUCCAAGACACUACUACUUGUGAACGGAACAAGCUGCCUACACUACAACUAUCAGAUGUCUAAUACUUAGAUUAUAAAACAAAUAUACAAAUUAGGAACGAAAUAAUAUUGAUUAGCUAGGAGCUAGAUUGCCAGAUUAUAUAUUAAUUGCCUCAGCAGGGGAGGGAUCAGUACAGCGCCUUUUAUAUAUUUUCCCUUUCUCUCCUUGAAAUUUGAGCAUUCACCAUUAAUCUCAACAAUUUGCGCUCAAUUAAAUUUCAUAUGCUUUUAACUAAAAUAAUUGAUUAAUGAAAUAGGUAAUUAUUAGCUUCUUUUAUUCUAGGUUUUGUCAUUUAAUCAAAAUUUUUUUUUGUCAAAACUAUUAAAUAAAAAGCAUAAUUAUAUUCAUUAUGAAUGCC